AGCAGAAAAAUACUUUUGGAGAAAACACACGUUCACCAAAAGAUCAUCAUCCAUAAAAAAUAACACCGGUUAGUGGGUCACGUUAUAGCUUCGAGAGAACCCCUGCCCCAUCUUUCUUUCCUCUCUUUCUCGCCGGCUUUUCUUUUCUCCACCUCCGACUCCAAUUCAAUUCCGAACAACAAUAAGAAAAAUUAUAUUAUAUUAAUUUAAAUUCCAAAAAAAAAAAAUAUAUAUAUAUAUAUAUAAAGAAAACCGAAGGUACGUGAUCAAAUCUCCUUUUCCUUGUCGUAGCAAUAAUACAAUAAACAGUAAAAUAAUAAUCGGACGAAAGAGAAAAGUAACAGAAUUGGAGAGUUUUGUCGAUCUCCGGCGAGGCUAGUGGAUAGGAGAUGGGGAGGAAUGGCGUAGAAAUACCUGCGGCGGUGUUAGCCUACAAAUUGAAAGACGCCUCCAGUUGGUGGAUAGAGAUAAACGAAUCGCCAGUUUGGCAGGAUCGCAUCUUUCACAUCCUCGCCGCUCUUUAUGGCCUCGUAGCUGCCGUUGCUCUUGUUCAAUUGGUGCGGAUACAGUUGAGAGUUCCUGAGUAUGGUUGGACCACACAGAAGGUUUUCCACUUUCUCAAUUUCCUAGUAAAUGGGGUUCGCUGUCUAGUAUUCAUUUUUCGUCGGAAUGUAGAAGGCAUACAUCCACCAAUUAUCCAACAUAUCUUGAUUGAUAUGCCUAGUCUUGCUUUCUUCACAACAUAUGCGCUUUUGGUUCUCUUCUGGGCAGAGAUUUACUAUCAGGCACGUGCUGUAUCUACUGACGGACUUAGGCCAAGUUUCUUCACAAUUAAUGCAGUGGUUUAUGCUGUUCAGAUUGCUAUGUGGUUGGUAUUGUGGUGGAAAGAUCACCGGGUGGUAGUCAUCCUCUCUAAGAUGUUCUUUGCAGGUGUGUCUUUGUUUGCAGCUCUUGGUUUCCUACUUUAUGGUGGAAGGCUCUUCUUAAUGUUGCAGCGGUUCCCUGUAGAAUCUAAAGGGAGGCGUAAAAAGCUGCAAGAGGUUGGCUAUGUGACCACCAUAUGUUUCUCAUGCUUCCUUGUCAGAUGCAUUAUGAUGUGCUUUAAUGCAUUUGAUGAAGCUGCAAACCUUGAUGUUUUGGAUCAUCCAGUUCUGAACUUCAUAUAUUACCUGCUAGUGGAGAUUUUACCUUCCUCCUUGGUUCUUUUCAUUUUGAGGAAAUUGCCUCCAAAACGUGGUAUCACACAAUAUCAUCCAAUACGUUGAAGGGAUUCUGGACAAGUAUACAAUGGAAUAGCAAAGAAUGAAUUCAAGGUAUGCAUUUGGCUUGCUUGGGAGAUGCAAGAAUCCAACCUUUAAAGAGAGCAACAAAGGAAAGUGCAAAAAGUUUGACGGUUUCUUUUGUUUUGGUUUCAUGGAAUCUAAAAGUUAUCUAUUUGUUCUCUGCCGGAGGUUGUAGUUGUGUUCAAAAGAUAUGGCAACCUAAGGAUUUGUUAUAUAUGUCUGACCAUUAGUGUUGUGAUUGUUGUUUUCCUAUAUCUUGCAUCUUUAGUUAAUCUGUUUUGCCAGCUGCAAACACUUAACCGAACAUGAAAAUAGUUAAGGGUCGUUUGUUGUAUGAUUUAAUUUAUGCUCAGACUUAUUUUUAUCUCAAA